UACUCGUUUAUUCUCGUGCUAUUUGAUAGCGAAAUCACAAAGAUCUGAUUUGAUUCGUGUUUCUUUCAACAAACCUUCAUUUUCGCAUUGACAGUACACUCAUAUACACGUUUAUAGUAUACGUGUAGUAGUUUCUCUACUCGUAUAUCAAUAAAUAUCUCUAUCUAACCUAUAACCGUUUCUAUUUUUGAAUCUAGAGAGAGAAAGAAGAAACAGAGAUGGUAGAGAGAGAAAGUAAUGGCGUCGGGAAGAAGAUAAUAGUCGGUGUUUGUGUUAUGGAAAAGAAGGUGAAAUGCGGCCCCGAGGUUUUUUCGGCUCCGAUGGGGCAAAUACUGGAGAGGCUGCAAGCAUUUGGUGAAUUUGAAAUCGUCUAUUUUGGGGACAGAGUUAUACUGGAGGAACCUAUAGAGAGGUGGCCAAUAUGUGACUGUUUGAUUGCUUUUCAUUCCUCUGGAUAUCCGCUUGAAAAGGCUGAAGCUUAUGCUGCACUAAGGAAGCCUUACCUUGUAAAUGAAUUGGAACCACAACACCUGCUUCAUGACCGGAGGAAAGUAUACGAGUGCCUUGAAAUGUGUGGAAUUCCAGUUCCAAGAUACGCAUUUGUAAAUAGGGACAAGCCAGAUCAAGAGUUGGCCUAUUUUGUUGAGGAAGAAGAUUUUGUUGAGGUUCAUGGGCAGCGAUUUUGGAAGCCUUUUGUGGAGAAACCGGUUCAUGGUGAUGACCACAGAAUAAUGAUAUAUUACCCCAGUUCAGCAGGAGGUGGCAUGAAAGAAUUGUUUCGAAAGGUCGGCAACAGAUCAAGUGAAUUUCAUCCAGAGGUCAGAAGAGUUAGACGUGAGGGUUCUUAUAUAUACGAGGAGUUUAUGCCAACUGGUGGAACAGAUGUUAAGGUGUACACGGUUGGUCCAGAAUACGCACAUGCUGAGGCAAGAAAGUCUCCUGUUGUCGAUGGAGUUGUUAUGAGAAAUCCGGAUGGCAAAGAAGUCAGGUAUCCGGUGCUUCUUACACCAAAUGAGAAGCAAAUGGCAAGAGAAGUUUGCCUUGCGUUUAGGCAAGGGGUGUGUGGGUUUGAUCUCUUGCGCUGUGAAGGCCGUUCAUACGUCUGUGACGUAAAUGGGUGGAGCUUUGUCAAAAACUCUCACAAAUAUUACGAUGAUGCUGCUUGUGUGUUGAGAAAGAUGUUUCUAGAUGCGAAAGCUCCCCAUCUUUCAACAACUAUUCCGCCGGUUUUACCUUGGAAAGUCAACGAGCCAACUCAGCCAUCCGAGGGCCUAACCCGUCAGGGAAGCGGGAUCAUUGGCUCAUUUGGGCAGUCUGAGGAGCUGCGUUGUGUGAUCGCUAUUAUUCGUCAUGGUGAUAGAACUCCAAAGCAAAAGGUGAAGUUGAAGGUCACUGAGGAAAAAUUGUUGAAUUUAAUGCUGAAAUACAACGGUGGAAGACCUAGAGCAGAGACAAAACUCAAAAGUGCAGUUCAAUUGCAGGAUUUAUUAGAUGCUACACGUAUAUUAGUACCUCGUAUUAGACCCGGUCGUGGAAGUGAUAGCGAAACAGAAGAUAUCGAACAUGCGGAAAAGCUUCGUCAAGUUAAAGCAGUUCUUGAAGAGGGUGGUCACUUCUCUGGCAUAUAUCGCAAGGUUCAACUCAAACCACUUAAGUGGGUUAAAGUUGUAAAAGGUGAUACUGAAGAAGAACGACCAAUAGAAGCUCUCAUGGUUCUGAAAUAUGGAGGCGUUCUGACUCAUGCUGGCCGGAAACAGGCUGAAGAACUCGGCAGAUAUUUCCGCAACAAUAUGUAUCCAGGUGAAGGUACCGGACUGCUUCGCCUACACAGUACAUAUCGGCAUGACCUAAAAAUUUACAGCUCCGAUGAGGGCCGUGUACAGAUGUCAGCCGCUGCAUUUGCCAAGGGGCUCUUGGACUUGGAAGGACAAUUGACACCUAUACUGGUUUCACUUGUCAGCAAGGACUCUUCAAUGUUGGAUGGGCUCGAAAAUGCAAGUAUUGAAAUGGAAGAAGCUAAGGCUAGAUUGAACGACCUGAUAACGUCUGGAGUGAGGGCGGUGCAGGCAAACGGAUCACUAAAAAAACCCUGGAUGGUUGAUGGGGCUGGACUUCCACCGAACGCUUCCGAGCUUCUACCUACACUGGUGAAACUGACUAAAAAGGUUACAGAACAAGUGAGACUACUAGCAAAAGAUGAAGACGAGAAGCUUGCUGAGACAACCUCAUAUGACGUAAUUCCACCAUAUGAUCAAGCAAGAGCACUUGGUAAAACUAAUAUAGAUGUUGAUCGAAUUGCGGCUGGAUUACCUUGUGGAAGUGAAGGCUUUCUUUUAAUGUAUGCGCGGUGGAGAAAGUUGGAACGUGAUUUGUAUAAUGAGCGCAAGGAUCGAUAUGAUAUUACACAAAUUCCAGACGUUUAUGACUCGUGCAAGUAUGAUCUAUUGCACAAUGCACAUCUUAAUAUAGAUGGACUGGAUGAACUCUUCAAAGUUGCUCAGUUACUUGCUGAUGGCGUUAUUCCAAAUGAGUACGGCAUCAACCCGAAGCAGAAAUUGAAGAUAGGCUCUAAGAUUGCUCGACGUUUGUUGGGUAAAAUCUUGAUCGAUCUGAGGAAUACACGUGAAGAAGCCAUCAAUGUUGCAGAAUUAAAGAAUCAAUGUCAAAGCUCAGCAACCACCGUCAAGAAUAUGAAAGAACAUACUGAUCAACAACCAAAAUCUCUCAUUAAGAAUGAAGAAUCAAGAAGAACUAGCUUCACUAGUGAUAGGUCAAUGGAUCACGAUGAAGAUGAUGACAAGGAGAUAAAAUACCGUUUGGAUCCAAAAUAUGCUAAUGUGAAGACACCUGAGAGACACGUCCGGACCCGCCUGUACUUUACAUCGGAAUCUCAUAUCCACUCGUUGAUGAAUGUCCUUCGUUACUGUAACUUGGAUGAAUCUCUUCAAGGGGAAGUGGGCCUCAUUUGUGAUAAUGCUUUGGAACGCCUUUUGAAAACAAAGGAGCUUGAUUACAUGAGCUAUAUCGUAUUAAGGAUGUUUGAAAAUAUUGAGGUAAAUUUAGAGGACCCGAAAAGGUAUCGUCUUGAGAUGACUUUCAGCCGCGGUGCAGAUUUAUCCCCCUUGGAGAAAACUGAUGUUGAGGCGGCAUCACUACACCAGGAGCACACAUUACCAAUAAUGGGUCCGGAAAGGUUGCAAGAAGCAGGGGAAUAUCUUACGUUGGAUAAAAUGGAAGACAUGGUGCGGCCGUUUGCCAUGCCUGCAGAAGACUUUCCCCCGCCAUCUACACCGCAGGGGUUCUCAGGUUACUUCAAAAGUGCAGGGAUGUUAGAGCGUUUGGCAAACCUUUGGCCCUUUCACAAGCAUGCAAAUAAACACGUUGAUUAGGUUGUCUGAAAACAGAAGACAAAUCAAGUUUUGGGGUGGAUUUUGUAACACUCAGAAAACUUUUUAUUAACAGAAGUUUGCGGCUGGUUUAACAAGGUAAGAUGUGUUGCUCUGAUUUUCGUUUUAUAAAGAAAUAUAUUUUUUUUU